AAAUUGAACACACGAUAAUCCUCCAAAACAGAUAUCAAUGCGAAUUGGUUGCCUUCUCAGAAGAAGGCAUUGCGUGGUAAUCGCUAAUCACGUCAAGAUUUCGCAAUUGUCCUCGUCUUCCUCAGCUCCGCGACUCUUCGAUCGAAUAUCCGAGGCUUCAAUCUUCCUUUCCUGUCGAUUCUCCAAAGGAAACCAGCUGCGAUAUCUGGAACCAGCAUAAGUAUUAGAAAGCCGAAAAAUACAAUGGAUUGUAACUUGCACAUUGAAACUGAUUAUGACAAAGAGACUCCUAAUUGUGAACACAAAAACCAUAGCGAGCCAGAAUAUGGUACUCAAGAGAGCAACUAUGAAGAAGAAUCCAAUGGUGAAGAAAUUGCCGAAGAAGAAGAUCCUGAUGGAGAGGCUAAACCAUGUGAGAGAGAAGUUAUUGAAGGACUAUAUUGGACAGAGCCUACCGAAGAAGAUCCACAGGAACAAGUGCUAGAUGAGGAAUCAGUUGGAGUGCACGAUCAGGAAGAUGUAUCAGAAGGAUUCAGAAGUCAGUCAUCUUCCAAUGGUGACGACGAAGAAUGUGAAUUGGGCUCUAAACCAUCCAGUUCAGAUAAGAAAAGAAGAUCAGCUGAUGAAUCCCAAGGCAAUAUGCAAAAGAGGCAGAAGCAGGAUGACUCCAAGCUAGAGAUAUAUUCUUAUGCGACCGGCGUGAUCUUCAAGGACAAAGCUAGGAGCUCGAAUUGUGAUGAAAACAUUGCAGACAUGGAAAAUACUGGAAGUUCUGGUAAGAGAAAACGCAGUAGAAGCAAUAUGGAGCCUGAAACUUACAAGGUAGAAGUUGAUAUCGAUCUGGCUACUAAAAAGAGGAAAACCAGAUCAGUUAAUAAUGAUGCCAAAUUGAAAUUGUUAGGUCCUUUAAAGCUUCCAGAUUUUGACAAGAUUCCUGUAGGUGGCACUUCUGUUGAUCCGGUAACAGAGAAAUUGAACUCGCAGCUCUUUGAGGUAAAUCGGAUGCUGAGUGCUCACGUACUUGUCGAUGACCAACCAAAGGUAAAUGAGUCGGAUAUCCAGAUAAAUUCAAGAGUGGCCAGACUCCGUGCCAGACUCAUAAAGCAUCGGCAAAAGAUCAUUUUAGAGCUGAUUAAGAGGAACCCCACUUUUGAUCCUCCUGAUAUCAAGCCCCCAAAGCUGUCCAAGAAGCUUUAUAUUCCAGUAAAAGAAUAUCCCAGUUACAAUUUUAUUGGCCUUAUAAUUGGUCCCCGUGGAAACACACAAAAGAGAAUGGAGAUGGAAACAGGCGCCAAGAUAUCACUGCGAGGUAAAGGUUCUAUUAGAAAAGGAAGAGUCCUGACAUAUAAAGAUUCCAGAUGCGAGUCAUCUGAAGAUGAUGACUUGCAUGUCUACAUUAAGGCAGAUACUCAGAAUUCUCUUGAUUCUGCAGUGCAAAUGGUGGAAAAACUGCUGGUUCCCGUGGAAGAAGAAAUGAACGAACACAAGCGAGCACAGCUGAGGGAGCUUGCUGUGUUGAAUGGAAAACUUGGCAAAGAUUCAAGUGAAGUCCAGAAGACAACACCAAGAUCCAGUACUUCUUGCGACAUCUGUGGAAUUGCAUUUCAUCAUAGCGUUGCUUGUCCUUUGAUUGCAUCAAACACUGGAAUCGGCAAGAGUGAUAAAUUCUUUGUACAGUUGGGAAGUAGUGGAGUUGGUCCCUUCAACUAUCCACCACUUGCUAGUUCCAUAUCAAGCUUGAUGUCCAAUCAACAAUUCCAUGCUCCAGCAUCAUCCAACAGCAAACCUUUAAAAGAGAUUGAUGAAGCUAAACUAUACGUGUGCUAUCUUCCCCUAUCCGUGAAUGAUGACAAGCUACUGGAACUCUUUUCGCCCUUCGGAUGCAUCUCCGAAGCUAUAGUGAUCAGAGACAAGACCACAGGUUUAAGCAAAGGAUAUGGUUUUGUUAAGUACAGGGAUCCCUCCUUUGCUGCUGAGGCUGCGGCAAGCAUGAAUGGGUGCAGGAUCGAGGGAAAGAUGCUCUCAGUUCAGGUCGCAAAUCAGCCUUCAUCUGCAUCCAAGACUUGCACUUUUCCAUGGUUGCUCAACAACUGCAACAACCUACCACCUUAUCCAACUACAGCCAUUUCUCAAGGAAAACCCGGUGUUAUGACCUGGCCUGGUCAUCCAGGAUCUAUGAUUUCCGAGACUCGUGCUUCUAUUCCUAAGAAAUGCAGCUUUAUCUCGCAUGCUGGUUUUAUCCGUGGACCUCCAUUCUUUUUUGGUGCCUCAAAUCAAAAUUCGGUACCCCCUUUGAUUCCAGAUGCUGUCACAUCAUUCAAGGAGCCUGAGCAGUUUCCUGGUUAUCCGAACAACAUUGAAUUCCAGGAUCAGUCGUACUGCUCGAGAUAUCAUUACAGACUGCCAUCAAAGUAUGUUCAUCCAACUCAGACUCGUGAUAGCUAUCGAGCAUCGUUUGCUCAUCAAAUGCCUCCACCUUGAAGCCAAUGGCAGCACAAUGUCUGCUACCGUUUGUGCUCUGUUAUAGGAUAUGUACAGAAAUUAGCAAUGGAAUUUUUGCAUGAAGAUGAUGCUUAUUAGCCAUGUUAGUAGGUUUAGAGGGCCUACUUUUUUCACUCUUUCACGGCGAGCGAGGCCCCCGGAAUCCUAUUCGAUCUUCGGGAGCAGAGUUGUAGAAGUGUUUGAGCUCUUUUUCUUUUUCUCAUGCCCACGGAACCACAGAGGCAAUACCCUAGUGUUUGUGUUUCCUGGUACUGUCCUGGUGGACACCAUUACCAACACGAAGACCAAAUCUGUAUCUCUUUCCUCUCACUCGACCAUAUGCUCUUCUCUGACAUGAUUGACGCUUGGUCGUUCAAACUGAAGUCUUCUGAACGACAAACUCUUUUGAUGUGUUGAGCAUCUUUUGCUGCUUUCUGAGCCAUCAACUCCUCUGAGUCUCUAUAUUAAACUUGGAAACGGUGAUCUACUCAGCUUUAUAUUAGUGCACUGGUAGCAUUAGUUUUUAAUAUUAAAAUGUGGUUUAAAGGAUCAUUGC